CGUCCGGCUGGUCUGUGUUGUGUCGUGUGUGCCCAGUCAUCUGAUUUCAUUUCAAAAGUGUUUUUUGUGUCUGAUGUGAGUGCCGGGCGAGCCAAAAAUGGUCCGCAAGGACGAGCCGCUCAAAGUGACGGACUUGGAGACGGGCGAUGAUGCGACGUCGUCGACAACGUCCACCAAAGAGACGGCCACCAAACCCAACAGCGUCCUCAACCGGCUGGCCUACGGCGACAGCAAAAAGUCCAGCAAAAAAGAUGAAGUGACUAAUAAACCGGAGACGGGAAAAACGGGCAAAUCAGUCACGGGCAAAACGAGUGGCAAAAUUCCGGUGAUUAAAAGUGGUGGCCAGCAGAGCAAAUCGGCGGCCAGCAGCAACAACGAGCAGGUACAGACGGCCCCGCCGGGCGGUACCAGCGUUUUCGAUCGGCUAACGAGCGGCGAUCGUCUUUACCGGACAACACAAACUGGUCGAAAACCGGCGGGCAGACGGGCCGAGGCAACGGUUGAGUCCAGCAGUUCAGCAACGUCAUCAUCGAAAGUGAAUAAGAAUAAAUUAUUUGUCCCGGCGGGCAAUAACAGCAGUGAAACGGGCGGCGCCGGCCCGGCCAUCUCAGACGAGACGGGCAAUCACGUCAUCAUGCUGGGCUCGCCGGAACGCGAAGAGACGGACGAAUUCAACGAGGAAGAUCCCGUCAUCGAAAUUUCGCUGAUUCAACCGCCGACGGCCAAGGUCCGUUCACCUCGGCCCGUCUUGAAGAAAUCCGCCCGGCUCCUCCUGUCUCAACGUGAGCAACUCACCCGCCGGAAAUCCUGGAGACUCGAGCGGAUACCAGUUGCUCUGGUGGAAAGGACUUCGCUGGUCAGAGGAGCUCUGCCUGUCCUUCCCCAAGGUCUGGCGUGGAUUUGCUUAAUACUGAACGGACUCCUUCCUGGAACAGGAACGAUUCUCAGCGGGUUGCUGGGCUUGUGUCUGGGGGCUCCGAGGUUCUCGGCCCGGGUGACGACCGAGCACAGGUUGCUGGCCUUCAUCAUCAACUUGACGAUUGGCAUCUUCCAAGCUUUCACCGUCCUCUUUUGUUUAGUCGGCUGGUGCUGGGCACUCGGCUGGGGCAUCAUCCUCGUCAAAACGUCCGGUCACUACAACAGGUGGAAGAUUAACAAUCUCGACAGUUCCAACGAGGACGGACUGCCUCACGUGCUGGUCACCAACAACCCCGAUCCGAGAUACUGAUAAAAAUUAUAUAUUUUGGCCCAGCAAAAUAUUUUUUAAAAAUUGUUAUUUAUUCUCCUAAAAAUA